CAUUAACAGCACAGGCAAAGUUGAACUUGGCCCACCAAAUGCUGGGAUCUUAUUCCCUCCGUGGAAGCUUGAAAGUUUGAGUUUCUUGCAAAAAGCUACAUCAAAACCACAUCUAGGCUGGAACAGCGGCUUGAUAGCGACCAUUCCUUCCAUUUUCUAUAAAAUCUUCGAUGGAACGUUGAAAUUCCAAAAAUUUGAACCAUUACAUAAUAAAAAUGAAUUCGCCACGAAGUACCGAAUAUUAACUGAUACAAUUGACCCAAAAAAUGAAUUCCUUAAUCAUGGAGAUAUUAAAUCCUAUUUUACUCAAAGUACCAAUACAAGCAAAUUACGUGCCUUUUCAUUUGAUUACGUGCAAAAUUCGGACUUAAAUCCAAAUUCUAUAAUCUCGGCUUUCAGUUCUAUAGAUAAACUAAUCAAAAAAUGCGAUGAAAAAGUAUUUUCGGCACAGAUUGGCUGGUGGUUGUGGUAUUUCAAAGGUUACCUUGACGGUAUGUUGGAAGAUUGGUUACAUCUUCAAGAAAAAGUCUUAAAACUCCGUGAUUUAGGAUUGGAACUUGAUUUUGGAGAUGUUGACGAAAACUUUUGGAGCAUAGCUGUUUCCCAGGUUCCUUACGUUAGUUUCAUAGAGUUUCGCUGGGAUGGAUGGAUAUCAGCUUUGUUUCCAUAUAAUUCCUCAAAAUGUAAAUUAACGGAUAAUUCUAUUUUUCCUACCCAUAUACCUUCUGGAUUGUUGAAUGUUUCAUUUGAAUUGGAUAUGGGGAAGCAUUUCAGAUUGAGCAUCGUUGCGGGUUUUUUUGGUGUUAGACAGGAAAAGAUUGACGAAGAAUAUGUUGUUUCACCUGUAAUUUGCUG